GCUUCUUUGUCUACCAUGCUGUGGCUGACGUUUACAGCUAGAAACAUCUGUAAAGAUGUGUCCAAAGACCCACUUCGGGCCAAGAACAGGGAUGGGCCGGGCCAUGCUCGCACCAAACCAACUGUCCUCAGAUUUUAUCUUGUGAGUGAUGGAAUCCCUCUCCUAAUUGUUGGAGUCACAGCAGCUUUUGGUAUGGAUAACUAUGGUAGCAGGGAUGACGCUUUGUAUUGCUGGAUGGCAUGGGAACCAAGCUUGGGAGGUUUCUAUGCCCCCAUGGGUCUUCUGGUCUUAGUUAUGUCCGUGUACUUUUUGUGCACAUACAUUCAGCUUAAACGCCACCCAGAGAAGAAGUAUGAGCUGCGAAUCCUGAGUGAGGAACAGCAGCAGUUAUCAUCUAGCGAGUCGAACCAUCACUGCCACACAGACACUGGGGGAGUUUCUGGGCCCGCCGGGGACUGUCAGCCAUUUGCAACAGGCGUGUCGGUACUGGCCAAUGAGCACUCAUUUAAAUCUCAACUCCGGGCCACAGCCUUCACCCUCUUUCUGUUCCUGUCCACCUGGGCUUUGGGAGCGUUGGCAGUAUCAAUGGGACAUUUCCUUGAUAUGAUAUUCAGCUGCCUGUAUGGGGCUUUUUGUGUCACUCUGGGACUCUUCCUUCUCAUCCAGCACUGUGCCAAACGUGACGAUGUAUGGCACCGCUGGUGGGCUUGUUGCCCGUCCAAGUCCAAGUCCGAGGAUGGGGACGGAGACGGACAGGGCCAGAGGCAGGAGCUCCAUCAGCCACAUUGCCGCCUGAGCUCCCCAUGCUCCGGCAAGCAGCCACUGCUUUCUCCUCAACUUGUGCCCAAUUCUUACCACAAAAUGACGCUGCCUUCCCAGAGCCCCGUGCCAAAUCACACGGGUCCAUGCUGCGUGGCCGUGAUGAGCCCUGUUACCGUGACCCCCUUGUCGCCUCUUGCUGAGCCACUGCCCUCGCCUCAUCCGCAGACGCUUUCUGACGAGCUCCCCCGUCCCCCUCUGCCUCUACAGAGCUGCCUUAAUGACAGAACAAAGUCUCGCUCCUUCAACCGCCCACGCCCAUGCCUCCAGGACUACCGCUCGCACAUGGCGUCCACCAGUAUGGAUGGGAGUGUACAAAGCUCCCACCUGGACAGCCCUCACGCAGUGCACCACCUCGAAAGCUCACCACUGGUUUCCAACAGCCCACACUCGGACCUCCAGCUUCCCUGCCCCAGCCCUCAUUUGGAUAAGCAGCUGGCCUCCUGCCACAGCUUGCAACGCCAGAACUCCUGCCAAAGCAUCCAAGACUCCAUGGCUUCCUGUCACAGCCGGACACACAACAUGCAUGACAGCAUUACUUCCUGUCACAGCCUCCUCAUGCCUUCUCACGGCAUCCACACCUGCCAGUGGCACAUGUACAGCUCAGCUGACCACUCCUCCACCAUGAGCUGCUGUGAGAAACCUGACCCCUUCGCCUUGCAAUACCAGCAAGACCCCGAAGUAUACAGCUGCAUGUCGAAGACAACGGACAAAGAAAAGGAUAGUCUCUCCGUAGAGGUGGAGCAGAAAGGUUUCCCGAGAAAUACGCUACCUCGGCAGCACGGCACCAUCAGCCGGCGAGGUACCAUCGGCCGGAACAGGAGCUUGCAGGAAGACGGCUUGUUUGGCUCAGACGCCACAGGAAACAUACGGACUGGUCCUUGGAGGAAUGAAACCACUGUAUAGUUUAUUUACACUUGCUACACCUUCCAGCAGCCCUGUAAUCGAAUUACUCCUUUAAGUGUUUGGGUCUCAAUGCCUUCAGCUUUGCCCUUGAACCACAGGUUGAGUUAUCAGUGAGGCCCCGUAUCCUGAUAUUUCUGAACACCUUUAUGACAAAGUAAUCUCUAAGUGUGUAACCAAUCUGUUUUUACAAGUAAUAUUCCAACGCAAGAGAGGUUCAAUUUAGUGUUCAAUGAAUAUUCUGCUCCACGUAGUUUAAAGAUGCAAACAGUACGGUAUGGCUCUCUAGGGGCACAGUGGCUCAGUAGUUAGCAAUGACACAGCAAGAAGGCCCCUGAGUUUGAAACCCGAUCAUUUCAACAUUCCCCCAUUUCAAAAGCCAUGCAGGUCAGCUGCAACAAGUUCUCAAACUUAGA